GAUAGUGAAAGGGUGGGUAAAGCAGCAAGAGAUUCUAGCACAUCCUGCCAUAGGAGGCUUCAUAGUCAUUGUGGAUGGAACUUGACAAUGGAAGCAGCUCAAAGAGGAAUACCAGUGCUGGCAUGGCCUCUAGGUGGUGACCAAAGAGUGAAUGCAGAUGCUGUGGAGAAAGCAGGGCUCGGGACAUGGCAAAAGAGCUGGGGCUGGACUGGUCAGCAGUUAGUUAAGCAAGAUGAGAUUCAGAGAAAGAUUGAUGCGUUAAUGAAAGAUGAAAAGCUAAGGAGUACAGCCAAAAAGGUGGGAGAAGAAGCUAAGAAGGCUGGAAACACUGGUGGGAGUUCGAAAAAGGUGAUCGUGGAAAUCAUUGAAUUCUUAAAGCAGAACAUAACAAGCUAGAAAGUUCAAUUGUGGCACUGUUUUCUUGUUUCUAUCAUCAUAAACCGUUUCUCUUUUCUAGGAGUUACUUUUUAGUAUCAGAUUAUCUGUUUAUAGACAAGAAAAUGCAUGCCUACAC